AUGGGAUGCAUCAAAUCCAAGAAUGCCUUUCCAGGUUCAAAUGCUAUCCAGGAUGAACGGAUCGGGGAAGGUAAUGAAGGAUGCGCUGGGGAGAAGUCAUCACUGAUAGCGGUGAAGGUGGAUGAGAAAGGUCCAUCAAGCACUAUAGUGCUAGACUAUGCGCACCGUCUCUCCCGUGAGAUUCUUGAUCAGGCGGUGAAACAGUGGGCAGUGACUGAAAGCAAAUAUAGCGACAUCCCUUAUAUUGAAAGCGAUGUGCCCUGA